CCACCCCCGGAGCGCAGCCAAUCCACGCGACAAAAACCGCUCUCCUUCCCUCGGUGGGCGGGCACAGCGCGGCGCGGCGGUUGCCAUGGGGACGUUGACGUCACGGGGUGAAAGGUGAGGGGCGGUGACGUCAGGCUGAGCCAGGCGGAGGCUGGCUGGUGGGAGGGAGGGGGAGAGAGCGGGCUAGCUAGCGGCCCGAGAGGGAGGGGGCGCGAGGCGUUGACCCAGAGCCCAGAGCAGCACGCGGCCGCCCCACACCUGCGGCGAUGGAUGCAGAGGGGGCGCUGAACACCCUGCGGGGGGGCGACGCGGGAGCCAUCGAGAGGGUCCUGCGGGAGUACAGCGAAGAGCACAGAGCUACUUUCAAAUUCGAACUUGAGGAUGAAGAGAAGAGAAAGAAACUGUGCGAAGGGAUCUUUAAGGUCCUUGAGAAAGACAUCACAACCUCCUGCCAAGUUACCUGCCUGGAAGCCCUCCGCAUCCUUUCCCGUGACAAAAAGAUUCUGGUUCCUGUCACCACCAAGGAGAACAUGCAGAUGCUGAUCCGGCUGGCCAAGCUGGAUAAUUCGGAGGACAUUCUGGAGGAUGUGGCGGAUUUCCCGGUCAUCGUGGAGUCCCUGAAAUGCCUGUGUAACAUAGUGUUCAACAGCCAGAUGGCCCAGAAGCUCAGCCUGGAGCUCAACCUGGCUGCCAUGCUGUGUAACUUGCUGCGGAAAUGCAAGGACCAGCAGGUCAUCAGCGACAUUAAGUGCUUCGACCUGCGUCUCCUCUUCCUCCUGUCCCUCCUGCAGACCGAUAUCAGGUCCCAGCUCCGCUAUGAGCUCCAAGGGCUGCCCUUGCUCACCCAGGCCCUGGAGAGCGCCUUCAGUAUCAAGUGGGCUGAUGAGUACGAAGCCGCCAUCGACCAUAACGGGCCACCCCUGUCCCCCCAGGAGACAGAUUGUGCCAUCGAGGCCCUUAAAGCCCUCUUCAACGUCACCGUGGACAGCUGGAACGUCCACAGUGAGAGCGACUCUCACCAGUUCCGUGUCAUGGCUGCGGUCCUCCGCUACUGCUUGCUGACCAUGGGUCCGACUGAAGACAAAACAGAGGAGCUUCACAGCAAUGCAGUCAACCUUUUAAGCAAUGUUCCAGUCUCAUGCUUGGACGUCCUCAUUAGUCCAUUAGCCCAGGAUGAAAUUGCCCAGGAGGCAACAACUCUGGAUGAGCCGCCCCAAGAAGCUGAAACGGGCCAAGAUGAAUCAAGGGAAGAGGAAGCCAAUUUGAAGUACAAUACCAUGGUGUACAAUGGCAUGAACAUGGAGGCUAUCCGUGUUCUUCUUGAUUUUAUGGAGAAGAGAAUAGACAAGGGAAGCUGCUACCGGGAGGGCCUGACCCCAGUUCUCAGUCUCUUAACCGAAUGUUCCCGAGCUCACCGAAACAUCCGGAAAUUCAUUAAAGACCAGGUUCUGCCACCUCUGAGAGAUGUGACCAACCGCCCCGAGGUGGGCUCCACCGUGCGGAACAAGCUGGUGCGCCUCAUGACGCAUGUUGACCUUGGGGUCAAACAGAUCGCAGCUGAAUUCCUUUUUGUCCUUUGCAAAGAGAGAGUGGACAGCCUCCUGAAAUACACUGGGUAUGGCAACGCAGCAGGACUGUUGGCGGCCAGGGGCCUCUUGGCAGGAGGAAGAGGAGACCACUGGUACUCGGACGACGAAGACACAGACACGGAAGAGUACAAGUCGGCAAAGCCCAACAUUAAUCUUAUCACUGGUCACUUAGAGGAACCCAUGCCAAACCCCAUAGAUGAAAUGACGGAAGAACAAAAGGAAUACGAAGCCAUGAAGCUUGUCAACAUGCUUGAUAAACUUUCCAGAUGCUCUCUGCACUAUAUCACGCUGGACUCUGACGGCCUGGAGAGGAGGUGAUUAAACCAAUGGGUGUGAGGCCAGAUGGAACAAUGGCUCCUUUGGAGGAAACCCUUUGCCAGUACCACGUCACUGAGGAGGACUGCUCUGACUCAGACUGAAAGAAUCACCUGCUUCACUCUCAAUAUCGCUUUUAUCAGCAUCUUUCUCUGUAGCCCCAGGGGGAAUCUUUUCUCUCCAACAUCUAGGCCCUUGCUUUGGCUGGAAGCACAUUAACUGGUUUACUUCUUCAGCGUUGGGAUACUAAAAGGGAUGAUUCUGGGGGAAUUUGCAAUAUUGAAACUGAGGCUUGGGGACUGAAUGUCAAUGGAGGGCAGCUUUCCCAGGGGCUGGUAGGGGUGGGGGUGGGGGUGGGGGUGGGGGUUGAUGUUUAGGGACAAAAAAAGUCAUUGUGUUUCAUCAGGCUGGGACUGACGGCUGCCCCAGGACAUUCAGUCUGCUGACACCCCCUAGUUAAAAAAAAAAAAGAUGGUGGCGUCCAUCCAUGCGGUUGGACAAGUGCCCCCUUCCACCUCCCAUGCUCCUCUGGAAGAUGGCAUCAGAUGACUGAAUCAUGUUACAUGUGUUAGAUCAUGACUGACUAGGCGAAGCCAGAGAAACUGCUCCAUGACCCCAGUCCCAUCUCACCACUUAUCAAGUCUCAAUUCUAUUUAAAUCUUAUCAUAUGAAUAUAUGUAUACACACAUGCACGCAGCUUGCACACAGACACAGCCCCCAGCGUGCAUUCUCCUCUAAGCCCUUUGUUUGUAACUCAGAAUGCAAUUUCCCAUAGCCUGGUCAUUAUGCAUGGUGGUUAGGUUCCUCCAUCAGCCUAAAAAAACCCCUAUUUAAUCCCCCAAAUCUAUUUAACCUACAGUGUCCCUGAUGUAUUGUACAUAAUCAUAGAAUAGUUUCUAGCUGAGAUCUAUAGUAUUGCCCCUAUGGGGAAUGUGCAUUCUGAGUUCCAAAUCAGGAGGCUGCAGGGCGGGGGUCUCUGGCAAUGACAACUGCUCAAGGGGGUGGGGCGGGUAAGAGACCGACUUCGGGGACUGAGGAAGCCAAGGGCCGGGGUCUACAUGGUAUCUUUGUCGGUUGGGGGCCACCUCUGUGUGUCUAUGUGUCUAGAGAUCCAUUCAUUACCGUACAUAAUCAGGUUGUUAAUGGUAACUUUAUAUAUUUAAAAAACAAAAAGAAUAAGACCACACAGUUGUUGGUUACUGCUAAUUUUAUUAGGGAUGUUCAUUUUUAUUUUUAGUGUCGGGAUUUUAGGACUGAAGGGUAGAAAAUGAAUCAUGUCAUAGAAUGAGAGGCCUGCUUAGAUCAAGUCAAAUGGAGUUUGGUUUUCUUUUUAUACAUAUAUAGAUAAUGUGCUUAACCACUGCCUUUUAAAACUUUAAAUCAAAUAAAAUACUGGGGUUGAUUCA